UUACUUGGCAGGAGAGGCGAGAAUGACUUUUCCAAAGUGUGACCCAAGUAAAUUCACUUGCUGAAUUUACCAAACCGGUUCGAACUCCACCUUCAGACCAGGAAAUGCUGAGCUGGACAAGCCUCCGGUUCCUUCGCCCCCAGCUGCUGUGCAGAAUUUCCUUCUUACCUUUCCAGGUUCCUCGGGAAAUGUCUCGGGAGCGAAGUGGCAAGGCGGCCCCGCCGGGCCUGAUCCACCGGCUGGACCACCUGGUGAUGACGGUCCGGAGCAUUGAGGACACGGCUGCCUUCUACUCCCGGGUUCUCGGCAUGGAAGUCGUCUCCUUCAAGGGAAACCGUCAAGCUCUGCAUUUUGGCCAACAGAAGUUCAACCUCCACGAGGUGGGGAAGGAAUUUGAACCCAAAGCCCACCGGCCAACCCCUGGCUCUUUGGACAUCUGCCUCGUCACAGAGAUGCCUCUGGAACAGCUGGUGGAACACCUGAAGGUAUGUGGCGUCAGCAUUGAAGAAGGCCCAGUGGCCAGAACAGGGGCGCUUGGCCCAAUAAAAUCUGUUUAUUUCCGAGACCCGGACCAUAAUCUCCUGGAAGUCUGCAACUAUGGUGGAAGUGACUUGUGAAAUUUCCAAUUUCCAGAGAGAAAUAAUAGAAAGUGGCACUAAAUGACUGUUUAGGGAAGCUUUUAAUAUUUGAUGAAUUACUGUAU